CUUCCUCUGUUUCCCCUCUCACUGUUCGGCUACUUAUAGUCGAAAACCUUGCUUCAAAUUCAACCCACAUCCCCCUUUCCCUUGCAAAGGAUCGGAUCCUCUCUGAGAUUUCCGAAUGGAAGGCGCUUCCGCCAGUGGGUCGGCGUCGACUCUGUCGGACGAUGGCGAUCUCGUGGUCUCCUUCGAGGAUUCGUCUUGUCCGGCAGAGACCAAUAUCCAGCUCGGUCUCUCGUUGAGCCUCGGCCUGAAGGGUCAAGGAGUUUCUGGAGUUUCGUGCGCUGAGGACUGCUCUUCUGCUUCUGCUUCUCCUUCGUAUUCUUCCUCGAGCAGAGCUUGUGCGGCGGCUGGGGUCAAGAGGACAGCUGAUCCCAUGGCCGUGGCUAAUGGGCAAGCUGUGGGAUGGCCACCAGUUAGAACUCACAGGAUGAGCAGUAUGGCCACGGCAUUAGCCGGUGGAGAGCUGAAUCCAGAGAGCCGCAAAGACAUAAGCAAGAAGGGUACAAGGGAUGUGAAGAUGGGAAGCUCAAUGUUUGUGAAGGUGACUAUGGAUGGCACUCCCAUCGGAAGAAAAAUCGAUCUGAACGCUCAUAGAUCCUACCGGUCAUUGUCCAAGACUCUGCAGGAAAUGUUCUCAGCAGGAUCGAGCACACCACGAGACGGUUCUUCUGAAUUCGUGCUAACGUACAAGGACAAGGAGGGAGACUGGAUGCUUGUAGGCGAUGUCCCUUGGGGGAUGUUCCUUGGGUCGGUGAGAAGGCUACGAAUAAUGAGAACAUGAUAGGCAUCUCAAAGGACCCAUCUGCGAAAGAAGACACAGUGAAGCGUUUUUGCUUGUAGACGAAAACACGUGAAGCGUUUUUUUCCCCCUAUGGAGCGAGUGUACACACUACUGUUACUGUACAUCAUCACCCUUGGUAUUGGACAAGUGUAAAAGAACCCGAGUUUUGCUUGUAAAAUAUUAUGUGUACAUAUAUAUAUACACGUAUAUAUAUUAUUUGUGUGUAUAUGGAAU